AUGGCCGACUCUCUAGCUCUGCCUUCCUUUCUCACGGACAAUGCCGUGGGCGCUGCUCUCAAAGAUGCAUACACCUCGUUCUCAGAGCGCAGGGCCGCCCUCGGUCUUCCGAAUCCAGGCACCCUGGAUAAUAUCUCCCGUGAGGUUCAGAAGGAUGUUCUGCUGUCCAACUUCAUGUUCACUGGUCUCCGGGCGGACUUGACGAAGGUCUUUGGCAUGUCUCCUCUGUUCCGUGUGUCGCAUGCGUUCUCCAUGGGUGGUUCCAGCAACAUGCCCCCGUACAACUUCUCGGCCAUGUACGGAAGUCCAAAGGUCUUUCUGCAAGGCAACCUGGGAAGCGAUGGGGGUCUCGCUGCUGUCGGCAAUUACCGUUGGACCCCCAAGUUGGUUACCAAGACCAAUACCCAGGUCAUGCCCGGUGGCCAGGGCCUGAUGCAGAUUGACAAUGACUACACCGGCGAUGACUUCUCCGCAUCUCUCAAGGCAUUCAACCCUUCUUACUUGGAGGGAGGUCUUACCGGAAUCUUCGUCGGAAGCUACCUCCAAUCCGUUACCCCCGGCCUGGCUCUUGGUUUCGAAGCGAUCUGGCAACGUCAGAGCAUGGGUGCUCGUCCAGAGUCUGCCCUUUCCUACGGUGCUCGCUACAAGACCGAUGACUGGAUUGCCAGUGCUCAGCUGCAGGCUCAGGGUGUCUUGACGGCCUCUUACUGGAAGAAGCUUUCCGAGCGGGUCGAGGCUGGUGUUGACAUGAACCUCCAGUUUGCUCCCAACGCUGCUGCUGCUCUCAUGGGCGGACCUAGCAAGGAAGGCACCACUGCCAUUGGCGCCAAGUACGACUUCCGCGCUUCCACCUUCCGUGCUCAAGUCGACAGCACUGGAAAGGUCAGCUGCCUUCUCGAGAAGCGGAUAGCUAUGCCUAUCGCUCUUACUUUUGCUGGCGAAAUUGACCAGGCCAAGCAAACGGCUAAGCUCGGUCUUGCUGUUUCCCUCGAGAUCGCUGGCGAGGAGCUGAUGGAGCAGCAGGAGAAGGUCGAGCCUCAGGACAUGAUCCCUCCGCCUUUCUAA